CUCUGCACCCCUUUCUGACGGAAACGAUGGAUCUGAACUUCUCUGUGUCCGCUCACCCCGGCGACGGCCUGCUGCCAGGGGAGAGAGGCUCGUCCAAGCGAGUCCUGACAGGAUGUUUCCUCUUCCUCCUCAUCCUCACCACGUUGCUCGGCAACACGCUGGUGUGUGCCGCCGUCACCAAGUUUCGCCACCUGCGCUCCAAGGUCACCAACUUCUUUGUGAUCUCGUUGGCAAUCUCUGACCUCCUAGUCGCCAUCUUGGUGAUGCCGUGGAAGGCCGCCACAGAGAUCGUGGGCUUCUGGCCGUUCGGCGCCUUCUGCAACGUGUGGGUGGCGUGCGACAUCAUGUGCUCCACGGCGUCCAUCUUGAACCUGUGCGUGAUCAGUGUGGACCGCUACUGGGCCAUCUCCUCGCCUUUCCGCUACGAGCGGAAGAUGACACAGCGAGUGGCCUUCGUGAUGAUCAGCGUGGCUUGGACACUGUCGGUCCUCAUCUCCUUCAUCCCCGUCCAGCUCAACUGGCACAAGGCCCAGACGCUGGCCGAGCUCAAUGCCACGUACGGCGGAGAUCCGCCCCCUGAUAACUGCGACUCAAGCCUGAACCGCACCUACGCCAUCUCCUCCUCGCUCAUCUCCUUCUACAUCCCCGUCGCCAUCAUGAUCGUCACCUACACACGCAUCUACCGCAUCGCCCAGAAGCAGAUCCGCCGGAUCUCGGCCCUGGAGCGUGCUGCUGCUAGCGCCAAGAGCCGCCACUGCAGCAUGGGCGCCAACGCCGCCAUGGAGACGGAGAGCUCCUUCAAGAUGUCCUUCAAGCGGGAGACCAAGGUCCUGAAGACCCUGUCGGUCAUCAUGGGUGUGUUUGUGUGCUGCUGGCUGCCGUUCUUCAUCCUCAACUGCAUGGUUCCGUUCUGCGACCACCCCAAUCCGUCUGGGGGCCGGUCCGACUUCCCCUGUGUCAGCUCCACCACCUUCGACGUGUUCGUGUGGUUCGGCUGGGCCAAUUCCUCGCUCAACCCCAUCAUCUACGCCUUCAAUGCCGACUUCCGACGCGCCUUCUCCAUCCUGCUGGGCUGCCAUCGCCUGUGCCCCGGCAGCAACGCCAUCGAGAUCCUCAGCGCCAACAACAACGGUGCCAACAACAUCGGCCCCGGCCACGCCUCGCUCACACACUCCAACUCCCAGUGCCAGGCUCGGGGCCUCACGCCCAGGGAGGGGGGAGAGGGGGCAGCCUACGUCAUCCCCCACCGCGUGCCCUGUCCGGACGAGGAACUGGGGGGGAGGAGGAGGGCGGGGGAGGAGGAGGAGGAGGAGCUGGGCGGGAGGAGGGAGGGUGAGGAGGGGGGGGAGGGCGUUGUGGCAUCCCCCGCCGCAUCUGGGGCGCUGGACAGUGACGCCGACGUUUCUCUGGACAAGAUCCACCCCAUCACCCAGAAUGGCCAGCACAAAGCUGUCACCUGCUGAGUCUCUGGAGUGACAGACAGACAGACGGGGAGGUAGA